GGCAUCCAUCCGGCAUUUAUUCUCGCGUGCCCCAUAGCAGCGCGCGUCCUCACUUUGUAGAUGAAUUCCGCGUGUGCUUAGUGAAACUGUGUAUUAGGAUGCUUUAAAAAUGGGUGGACGAAAUGUGGUAAUAUUUGUGAUGUUAUUAGGCACGGUCAUAGCCGACAGGAAGCCGACGGUAUCAGAAAAACUUAAGGAAGAUGCAGACCUCUCACAGUUCCUGGCGUUAUUAGAGAGCAAUGUGGUGGCAAACACAAGCCUGCAGUAUCGUCAAAUGACGUUAUUCGCGCCAACUAACGCCGCAUUCCAAAAAUACAACCGAGAAAUGGAUGACUUUCUAGUCCUAUAUCACAUAUCAAAUCUAGCCACAACCCUGUCAAAUUUGGACUACUCAAUAUCGUCGGAACUCGACGGCAACCCUCCCUUGUGGGUAACGAGACGACGGGACCAACUCCAUGAUGACAUUUACGUCAAUAACGCUAAAGUAGACGUGUCGAGAUCGUAUCAAGCCACCAAUAGAAACGGCAAGAGACAGGUUCUUCAUGUCAUUGAUCAAGUACUGCGACCCCUUUUACCGCAUGGACCCAGCUCUAUUGGUUCACCUGUUUACAAUCCUAAUGCAUACCAGUUCCUGGAACACUCGGAUGUCUUUGAUAUAAGUCAACAUCGUCUAAGGUCGUUCCGGCAAAAAGUUAAUCAACUGCAAAAGAAAGACGUUUUCAACGCCGACGGACGACACACUUUCUUUAUCCCCGUAGAUGAGGGAUUUAAGCCUACAACUCGUUCGGACCUCAUAGACGCGAAAGUGGUCGACGGCCACGUGAUACCGCAACAAGUACUGUUCACACAUGCGACCCCCGAUAGCAAGGAUUUCGAAAGCAUGGCGUUUAGCGACAAUGUCAAGGUCAUCAUCUCCUUCAGCACUGCAAUGAAUGGAAAAGAGGAAUUGACUUACGUUAAGUCAAACACAGUAGCAGGAGAUACGAAACACACCCGUGGCGUGGUUUUAGCUGAGAUUGUGAGAGCUAACAUCCCAGUGAAGAACGGAGUCGUACACCUCAUUCAGAGACCACUUAUGGUCGUCGACACUACUGUUGUUGAUUUCUUGAAGGCUAUGAAGUCUGCAUGUGAUUCUGAGGAACAAAAUGAAACAUUGGGCAUUGAAAAGGAAGAUGGUCCGCUAUGUAAAUUUUACGAAGUAAUAAUGGAUUUGGGCGAAAAGAAUCAGUUCCUUAACGAACUCAACUUGGCGAAAGAUAUAACUCUGUUCGCUCCCUCCAACGAUGCUUGGAAUGAAAACAGUGUUCAGAAUAUACUCAGGGACCAUCAAAAGCUGCGAGAUAUUUUGAGUCUACAUUUGGUACGAGAGAGAUUGCCGCUCGACGUUAUUAUCCAGAAUAACAUGAAUCAGAUAUAUCAAGCCCCGACAGCUUUUCCCAGAAAGUACCUAUACUUUAAUGUAUUGAACGCUGGGAACAAUCAGACCUUGACUGUAGAGGGUGGUGGUGUAAAUGCUACGGUGACGCAACCGAAUAUAGCAGCUACCAAUGGCUUCGUACAUAUCAUAGACCGCGUGCUGGGCGUCCCAUAUACUACGGUGUUUGAGAAAAUGAAGACUGACCCUAUGCUAAAUGUAACCUACAAGCUCGGCAAACGACAGAUGUUCAACCACCAAUUAAAUGACCUGGAGCAUCGCUACACCUACUUCGUACCACGGGACCACGCAUGGCUCAAAUUCCAAAUAAAACAUCCCUCAGCAUACAACGCAUUAUUUAAAGAAGAUUUUGGGUAUUAUACUAAACAGAUAUUGGAGAGACAUCUAAUUCGUGCAGGUCGGGCUUACACUAUUUCGGACCUCAAACUACUAGCGAAUGAAACGCAUCCCUUUGUUCUGCCUACAGCGCGGGACCCACUCAGGCUACGAGUCAAGGAGUCGGACAAAAAUUACUACGUGGAAUGGAACGGGCACUGGAUACACGUGUUCCGCCCAGACGUGGAGUGCACUAAUGGCAUCAUUCACGUUCUUGAUGAGCCCUUCGUCCUUGAAAGUGAUAUAAGGGCUACAGGCGACGCACGCGCAUUGACACACAGCCUCGCUGUUUUACUGAUGUCCUUCCUUUUCGUUAGAAUCAUUGAAGAAUAAAUCUCAAUUUAAAACAGGUUUGUAGUUUUAGGUUUUUUGUUGUUGUAAUCUGUGGAUAUAUACUUCUUUGACACAUGACGUUUAAUCCAAAAACUUAAUCAUGUGUUUUGUAAUACUUGUAAACUGAUACUUUUAACGCUCUCUUUAUCCUAGUAAAAUUUGAAAUGAUUGUAAUGUUAAGGGUAUAUGUAAAUUUUUGAGAAACUUAUUUAACACUAGAACGUAGGUUUAUGAAAAAUAACUCGGUAAUGAAACUGUAUAGCGAAUUUAUCAAUUAUUAUGGGUGUAUUCGUAAUACAGUAUUUGAUAUUAAUCAUAUUAUGAUGAAUCUCGUCUACAUGUCUAGAAACUAAGCAUUUUAUAGUUAAUAUUCCGUAUUUGGCAAGUAUUUCUAUAGACACACUGCCAGAUUUUUAAUGAAUGUUGAAAACUCUAUACCAAAUAAAAGAAAAGCUCCAUUAUUCGAUGUUUAAAAAUUAUUGAAUUUGUGUUCCCUAAUUGCCAUCAUUUCAUAUUCUGAUAAAAGCUAAAAGGCUGAUUUCAGAUGGUUAAAACAACAAAAAAAACAAUGUUCGAAAUGGUUGCAUAUGUUGGUAUUUUCUAUUAGCUUGGGAACUUUAAUGAGGUCGUAGUUAAAAUUAUACCCAAUUCAAGUAUAGGUAAAGUUUUCGUCCUAAGUGCUUGUUAGGCUACAACUACAAGUCACCAUGCCCAUACUUUCAGUAAAGGGGCCACAAAAGCAAUUUCGAGUUGGACGUAGGUCGGGAAAUGUCAAGUCAUGACCUUCCCUAGUUUCACGUUACUGUUAAACGUAUUUAGGUUAUGAUUUAGGUUAUAGAAGGGCCCACAGAGUAUCAUAUCUAAAGAGCUCUGAGCCGCGUCUAAUAAUUGCUUUCUUUUCCUAGAUUCUUUAUUAUAGUCGCAUUCAAUAAUUAGGUAAAUAUUUUUUGGGUUCAUAUAUUAUAAUAGUUUCCAGGUCCUCAGAUUCUAGAAAAAAAGAAUUUCUAUCAAAUAUAACUGUUUUUUAAUAUAAAUUCUCUAAUAUAAUGUUUUAUCUUGUUCGUAUUGCGUGCCUUGUAAAGAAUUAUUUAUGAAAUUAUAUUUCUAAAUCAAUUAUUUAUUUAGGUUUUUUCUCAUAUAGAUUUAAUCAUAUUAGACAUUCCAUAUUAUCAUCAAUUAUAUACAAAAUUUUGUUACCAUAGAAAGGGAAAUUAAUAUUUUAGAUUAAAAAUAUGUCUUAUUAAAGUUUAGCCUAUCGCUUUACAUAAAUAUUUUUACCGUUACACUUUCGGUAAUUCAUUUUUAAAUGUAAAUAUAUGAGUGUGCUUAAAAUAAUUUACGGUGCAUCGAUUGUCUUAAUACCUAUAUAAGUGUACAUAAUUUUGUAAGUUAUUAUAGUUUUAAAUAAUAUAAUAUCCACCGUUUAUAGUAUUGUCACCUCAUCAUUCAUAAGCUUUUUAUCAACAGAUCAAUUAAGUAAAUUGUUUGAAUUGUGUAAAAUUAAAUUCUACCUAAUAAUAUACCAAAGCUAUUGGAAGCUUGCAAUAAUCGUUGACAAUGUGAAUUAGACUUUUAAGAAUAACGGCUUCAACCUACGUUUAUGCGGCUGAUAAGAAUUAAUGACAAUAUAAUUUAACCAAAUGUUUAAACCAAAUAUUUGGAAUCGGAAUCAAAAUGUAAUUACAAGUUGUGUAAUCUCAGUAUUGUAAGAGUUGAAUGAGUAAAACGUGUUUAUUGAAUAAAGAAUUUA